UCCAGCAAAAACGUCUCCAUCUGCAAUAUGGAUGCGCUGAGCGUAAUUGAAAAGCGAAUCGACAACCUUAACCAACUGCUCGGUCCACUGCCAACUGAUGAGAGCCAGGCGGAAAAUUUAACCGACGCCAUCCUGUCCGCCUCAUCGUUCCUCCCAUCAGCCAGCACCGGUCAUCUUGCCGAUGGUGCCGCACGGGGCGCUAUCCUGGAAACGUUCAAGCGCAAGGACGAGCUGGAAGCUUACCUCGAUCCGGCCUACCUGGAGGAAAAGCAGGACAUCAAAGCGAAGGAAAUGUACAUCAACACGAUAGCGAAUGAUCUGGCCGGUACGUUCGAAACGUUGCAAAAAAUCAAAUCGCUGGAACCAACGCUGGGGGCGGAAUAUUUUCGCAAUCUGCCCGACGUUAGUGAGCAGCUGAAAACUAUGAGCGCGGCGGCAGGCGAACAGAAGCAGGCAAACGAACUGCUCGAGGAAAGUCUCGUCAUAGCGAUGCAACGGUACAGUGAGAUACAGAGCGGGAUAAAGGAUUCGCUUAAAGCCAUGACCGAUCGUUUGGAUCAGCUGGAGGAACGGUUAGUGCAGAAGAAAAAGCAGGAUAAAGAUAUUUAAGUAC